GCCCCCAACCUGGUCUAUGUUGUUGCGUUCACCACGUCAGCAGCAGGGAAUACCACGUCAGCAGGCCCCCGACCUGGUCUAUGCUGUUGUGUUCACAAACAACCGUCAUGGACCAGAGGUCCGGAGAAGCCGACGAGGCCUAUCACGCCCGGAUGCUGGCCUGGAGUACUGAAACAAAGAGACGGGCGGAUGACGCAGCAACAGGAGCGAAGAAGAAGGUAGAGGACGCCGAGCAGGCACGUCUGCUGGCACUUGAACAACAGCGCCAGCACGACGAGGCACCAGCAAAGGCUGAUGAUGAAGAACGAGUUCAACGGCGAGAGAAGAUAUUUAGCGGAGAGCAAACAUUGCUCACAAUGGCAGCAGAAUGGCGGACCGAGGCCGAGAAUGGCAAGAUGGAGGACAGCGAAAAUAAGAUCGCUGUACUCCUCUCCCAUCUCAUAGACCUCCUGGCGACAUGCAUUACACAGCAGGAGGACAUCCAUAGCCUCGACGACACGCUGACUCAAGUCCACGACCGCCUCCGGCAGCUGGAGCAGCGACCUCUCGCCGCCCCCGAUGCAAGCUCUUCCAACACCUCCGAUUGCCUCGAAGCAUUGGAGAUGGACGUCGGCUCCCUUAAGGACGGCCUACACUACGUCAAAGAACACAAGCACCACGCGUACUUAUACUCCCGGUCAAGGGGCGCGUGCCAAGCAUGGUUGGACAAUCUCUUGUCCAAGUACGCAGUGGUAGCUGCCGACUUGCAGACCAAGAUCAACUGGGAUGAUUUGAAGGCGGUGUGGCACAAGCGGUUCCAAGUAGAGCCGUUGGAGAUUAAGGCAAUGGACAAGCUAAUGGUCUUCGAGCAAGGCACGCUGCCGAGUGUCGACUGGAUUGUCGAGUACGAACGCUUGACAUCAGUCCCAGACAUCCAGAUGGGCUUCAAAGCCAUCCGCCACUAUUUCAUCUCAAGGUCCUGUCUGGCAUUAAGCAAUGCCCUGACUCACGUCGAGGACACCUUGACGACAACGGCGGAACUCUUUGAUAAGGCCGCGCAGAUUAUCAUCACGAACAAGGAGGCUAAGAACCUGCGUUCGUCUGCGUCAAGCCCGAGCAGAGACCAGCAUCGGCCAAGAGUGGUCGUGGUCGCGGCAGCAACGCUGUUUGACCAAACUAGUGAGGCCGUGUCUGCCAAUGAAGGGGACAGACUCGCAGCCGCCCGGGAAAGUGGCCGCCCCGACAAAGGUCGAGGACGCGGCAAGACGAAGACAAACACCGCAUCUAGCCUCGGGCCCGGCGCAGCAGCUCCAGCCCCAUGGCAAGGGCAAACAGGGAAACUGAGCACCGCCGAGAGUGACUCGACGACACUCUCGACGCCUCCGGAACCGGUCUCUUUGCGAGUGACCGGCCUUCAUUCCGAGGCGCAUGCGGAAGUCGGUAGUCCUCCUCUUCUACUUUCUUUUGAGGACUAUGCUGCCCGGCUCGUUCCUACGCUGGGUACUCAAGCUCAAGGACAAGACGUUUGUGCGGCAUCUUCUCCGUCCGGCAGCGGCGACUUAUUGUCUUCAAGUGGUUCUUCACGGGAUUCGGCACGCGAGUUCAACAUAGAGGUAUUGGACCCGCUCACGGAGGACUUUGCAUGGCUUCCUCUCCGGACCACGGGCCGCCUACCGGGACCGCAAUGCGCAGCACUAUGCGCUCAUCUCCACACGUACUUAUCCUUCUAUGCACCACCAACUUCGCCGACGGAUGACGAAGUCGUGGUGGGGGACAUCCUUGCGUAUGUUACCAAGGUGGCCCGCGAGUUUCGCACGCAGCGGUACGAUGACAACAACGCACCGCUCAUGUAUGUCCGCAUCCAGGUUGGGCAAGCCUCCUGCAGCGCUUUGUUGGAUAGCGGCGUGUCUCGCAAUUUCAUGAGUCAAGCCUUUAUGCAAAGGGUUGGCCUUGGCGCACAAGUUCGGAGGAAGGCAAACCCGACGGCGAUCAAGUUGGCGGAUGGAAAGAUGCAGCAACUUCUCGACCGUUACAUCGAGGCCAUACAGGUGUAUUUCGCACCUCAUGCAUGCGAACCGGUGACAUUCGACAUUUUGGACACGGACUUCAACAUCAUUCUGGGAAUGCCUUGGCUUGCAAGUGCGGAUCACACGGUCAACUUCCACUGGCGGACUCUUAGCGUUCGCGACGCCUUCGACGUCAAAGUGGCGUGUAGUAUUCCUCUACCGCACCCUUCGAUUCGGUGCCAAGUGGUGACGGCCAAAUCAUUCCGGGCGACUUGCGCUUACGAGCAGCCCGAGGAGAUCGGCCUAUGUUUCCUAUGGACCGUCGCGGUAGCCGACUCUUCACCCACGGACUUGUCUUCGGACCUCCGGGUGGUGCGGUUGCUGGACGAGUUCACCGACAUCUUCGAGUCACCUACCGGUGUGGUGCCGGAUCGGCUGAUCUCUCACGAGAUCAUUCUCGGCCGACAUUUUGAGUGGGUGGUCAUGCCUUUUGGCCUCACCAACGCCCCGACGACCUUUCAAGCGGCAAUAACCAACGAGUUUCAUGCAAUGUUGGACCGGUUCGUGCUGGUCUACUUAGACGAUAUUCUCUUCUAUAGCCGGAUAUUGGAGGAUCAUCUUGGGCAUCUUCGACGAGUGUUGGAGACGCUCCGCUGCGCCAAGUACAAGGCCAACCGCGACAAGUGCGAAUUUGCCCGGCAAGAGCUGGAAUACUUGGGCCAUUUUGUCACAUCGGAGAGCAUCAGUCCGCUAUCUGACAAGAUUCAAGCCAUCCAAGAGUGGCCGGAGCCUCGGAACGUCACGGAUGUCCGUUCGUUCCUUGGCCUCGCCUGCUACUAUCAACGUUUCAUCAAAGGCUACUGGAAGAUCGCGGCCCACUUGACCACGCUUCAAUGCGAGGAUCGGUCGCUCGACUUCGGAGAGGAGGCGCGGGAAUCAUUUUUGGCUCUCAAAGCCACGCUAUUAUCUGCGGAGGUCUUGCGCAUAUAUGACCCGCUUUUGCCUACGCGCGUCACUACGGAUGCGUUCGGCUAUGGCAUUGGUGCCAUCCUCGAGCAACACGAUGGCGGGGACUGGCACCCGGUCGAGUAUUUCAGCAAGAAAGUGCCGGUCUUGCAUUCCAUUGACGAUGCACGCAAGGAGGAGUUCCUCGCCUUCGUCCACACGCUCAAGCGAUGGUGGCACUUCCUCCUUGGUCGAAGACAAUUCCGAUGGGUAACGGACAACAAUCCGUUGGUCUUUUACAAGACCCAAAACACCGUCAACAGCACCAUCGCUCGAUGGAUGGCUUUCAUCAAGCAGUUCGACUUCUUUCCCGAUCACAUUCCGAGGAAGUCGAACCGUUUUACGGAUGCUCUCUCACGACGUCCGGAUCAUUGUACCGCGGUCUACUCAACCUUCGAGAUCGACGAUGACCUGCGGAACAACUUCACCCGCGGCUACCAAGCCGACCCCGAGUUUCGCGACAAGUACGCGAAUUGCUCCUCUCCUAAUCCGACGGCUUCUCACUUCCGGAUCCAAGAGGGGUACUUGCUUGUCCACACGGGGGGGAAGGACCUUUGCGUACUGAGUGAUCCUCACUUGCGUACACGGAUUCUUGGCGAGUUCCACGAUGCUCCCGCCACCGGACACUUUGGAGUCAAUUGCACGAUUGGCCGACUUCGUGUGCGAUUUUGGUGGCCCGGCCUUCUCGGCGACGUCACACGCUAUUGCGAGUCAUGUGAGGUUUGCCGACGCUGCAAAUUCCGCAACCAUCAUCCGUACGACGAGUUACGACCAUUACCGGUCCCGUUGGGGCGAAGGGAAGCGAUUGCCAUGGACGUUACUGGCCCGUUUCCCAAGCACAAGACCGAAGUGGAUGGGAUUCUCACGGUGGUCGACCGACUCACCAAGUUCGCCAUGUUUUUGCCUUGUCGCUAUCAUGCCAAGGCACCGGAGUUGGCCGAGAAGGACUGGGUUGAGCGGCUGCCGGAUGUCGAGUUGGCCUACAACUCCUCUAUCCACCCGGCUAUCGGGAUGUCGCCUUUCGAGUUCGAGCACGGCUCGCCGGUCACUUCGCCGUUGGACACUAUCGCUCCACGAACAGCCGAGAGUGACGACCAUCUUCUUUUCUUGCGUCGGAUGCAAGAGCUACUUGUCAAGGCACGCGAUCAGAUGGCCAAGACGCAACAACGCAUGAGCCAGCAGGCCAAUCGCCAGCGUCUUCCUUGCCCAUUCCACGCCGGCGAUCUCCUUUGGGUCUCCGCCGCGGAAUUCAGCCUUGAACAAGAUAUCUCUCGCAAGCUCCUCCCGAAAUGGAUGGGGUCUUGGCCAAUCGUAGCACCCGCUAGGGACGCACCUGAGGGACCUUCCUUCACGAUUCAGGUGCCGCCCACUUGCCCGUCUACCCAGUCUUUCAUUGCUCCAAGUUGGCUCUUUACACGCCAACGGAACAUGACGAUUCCCGGGAGACGUUCGCAAGACCCACCCUCUAUGGACGGUUUUCAGGAGGAGGCUCUGUCUGAUAGAGUAGCUGUGGAAUCACAGUUUGGGCACAAGGUGCCGGGAAGUGGGAAAGCUUAGUUCAUGUUAGUAUUUUGGAGUUUGGCAUACGAGUCUUACUUUGGAGGCAGUGAGAAUGACAACCAUGUGUCGCACGAUCUGCAUACCUGAUGGGUUUAUUUUUCCCGUCUUUUAUUUUAUCUCGAGUUCUAAUUUAAUAUGGGCAUUAGGAUGCCUGUUUAUUUAUUGAGUGAUUUUGCUUGUUAAUUUUUAUAGUUGGACGUUGAAGUCAGUGGCAACCGUCAAAGUAAAACCCCUUAACUUCU